AUGGCGAAACACGAGGCUAUCUACAGGUCGGCGGAUAUGACCUAUAUCCAGCUGUACAUACCGCAGGAGAUUGUGCGCGAAGUGGUGUGUCUGCUCGGUAAGCUCGGCAACGUCAUGUUCCGGGACUUGAACAGUGACCUGUCGGCGUUCCAGAGAGGGUACGUCGCGCGUCUGCGGAGGCUGGAGGACGUGGGCAGGUCCGUGGACUACAUGAAGCGUGUCAGCGAGAAACAUAGGGAGGCCACGGCGCGCUACAUGCCCCAGCUGUUCGAGGACGAGGAAUUGGACGACCUCGAGUUUAACGCCACCAACGACAACCCGGGCUCGAACACCGGUGACGAUAACGAGAGCCUGCUGUCGCAGCAGAACUUGGACAACUUGGUAAGACCUUCCAGAAGAGUCAACCCGCACGCUUUGUUCCCCCAAUUGCUUAGAAGCCUCGAAGUGCACUCCAUGGAUACCAUCAACGACAUCAUCCAUGAGAUCACAGAGUUUGAGUCCCGCGUAAAACAACUGGACGACUCGUUGGAGUCCCUGCGCGAUAAGCUCAACGUGCUAAUAGAGAAAAGACACAUCGUCUUCGAGUGCUCGAGGUACAUAAAAUUCAACCCGGGGAUUCUCGGACGCAUCUCCAACAGUAACGACGCAAACGUCUCCGGCUCACAAUUGGACGUAACAGAUUUCACCGCGCUACCAGAAGAAGCUAACGAUAACCUAAGUGAUUUCUCCUUUGAUAUCGAUGAAGACACCGCCGAAGACAACCAAAACAAUAACAAUGACGACGACAUUCUAAUGCUCGAACAAGGGUUCCACAACAAAUUCAUGAUCGCAGGUGCCAUCAGAAGAGAUAAGGUGAUGAUAUUGAACAGGAUACUAUGGCGUCUCCUUCGCGGUAACUUAUUUUUCCAGAACUUCCCAGUGGAAAAACCAAUGAUGGAAAAUGGCGAGUUGGUAGAGAAGGAUUGUUUCCUUAUUUUCACACAUGGUGAUACUCUUUCAGCAAAGAUCAAACGUGUAGUAGACUCAUUAGGAGGAAGUAUGAUCUCAUUGGACCAAAUAUCACAACAAACCAUUCAAGAGUUAAAUGACAGGAUCAGUGACUUAGAACAAGUUUUGGAGAGCACAGAACGUACGCUACACACAGAACUACUACUCAUCAAUGAUCAACUCUCUGUAUGGCAUGCGGUGUUUAGAAGAGAAACUUACAUAUAUGCAACACUUAAUCUUUUUAGACAAGAGACCCAGGGUUUAGUUGCAGAGGGCUGGAUACCUUAUGAAGAACUACAAACUCUAAAAAACACAUUGAAGGACUAUAGCGAAUCAAUUGGCUCUGAAUAUACAACUGUUAUCAGUGUCAUCAUCACGAACAGAUCCCCACCCACAUAUCAUCGUGUAAAUAAAUUUACUCAGGCGUUCCAAUCUAUUGUGGAUGCUUAUGGUAUUGCCACAUACAAAGAAAUCAAUCCUGGUUUGGCUACGGUAGUCACUUUCCCUUUUAUGUUUGCAAUCAUGUUUGGUGAUGCAGGUCAUGGUUUCAUUGUCUUACUAAUUGCCUUAUAUUUAGUAAUGAAUGAAAGAAAAUUCGAUAACAUGAAAAGGGAAGAGAUGUUUGAUAUGGCCUAUACCGGAAGAUAUGUUCUACUUUUAAUGGGUGCCUUCUCAAUAUACACAGGACUGAUGUAUAAUGAUAUUUUUUCCAGAUCUAUGACCUUAUUUUCUUCAGGCUGGGAAUGGCCAACAACUUUUAAAAAAGGUGAAACAUUGGAAGCCAAACAAGUUGGAACAUAUGCUUUCGGUUUGGACUGGGCCUGGCAUGGUACUGAGAACAACUUAAUUUUUACUAACUCCUACAAAAUGAAACUCUCAAUUCUGAUGGGUUUUAUCCACAUGUCAUAUUCUUAUAUGUUUUCCUACAUCAACUACAGACACAGAAAGUCUAGGGUAGAUAUCAUCGGUAAUUUCAUACCAGGCUUGAUUUUUAUGCAGUCUAUAUUUGGUUAUCUAUCUUGGGCAAUUGUUUUCAAGUGGUCAAAGGAUUGGAUCAAGGAUGGAAAGCCUGCACCAGGCUUACUGAACAUGCUAAUUAACAUGUUUUUAGCACCAGGCACUAUCGACGAGCAACUCUACAGCGGCCAAGCUGUUUUACAAACCAUCCUUCUAUUGGCUGCCCUAGUUUGUGUACCAUGGCUUCUGUUAUACAAGCCAUUGAUGCUGAGAAAACAACAUGCAAAUGGUGAAACAAAUUACAGUAGCUUACAACAUCCAACAGCGGAUGACACUAUGACAUCUGAGUCAAUAAUAGAUAAUGAAGUGGUGAUAACUGAUUUUGAUACCGACGAAAGCGAAUCACAUGGAUUUAAUUUUGGAGAUGUUAUGAUUCAUCAGGUGAUUCAUACUAUUGAAUUUUGCCUGAACUGUAUCUCACAUACUGCUUCAUACUUACGUUUGUGGGCCCUUUCCUUAGCACAUGCACAGUUAUCAACUGUUCUUUGGAAUAUGACAAUUGCCAACUCAUUCUCUUCGAAAGAUCCAGGCAGCCCACUAGCUGUAUUUAUGGUAGUAUUUUUAUUCGCGUUUUGGUUUAUACUAACUGUAGCUGUUCUGGUUCUGAUGGAAGGAACAUCUGCAAUGUUACACGCUCUGCGUUUACAUUGGGUCGAAGCCAUGUCCAAGUUCUUUGAGGGUAAUGGUUAUGCAUACGAGCCAUUCUCAUUUGAUCUUCUGACCGAAUGA